CUUAUAAUUUGUCAAAUUCCUAAACUUUGAUAUCUAAAACUUCAUUCACCAAAGCUCGGAUCAGAAACCCACCAUGCCUCCUCCUCCCCACCACCACCAUGAUCAGCCACCGCCCCCAAAACCCAAUCCAAAGGUCCUAUCUUCAAUCCUAAAAGCCCUCAUAAUGACCUUCAUAACCUCCAUCUUCUUCCUCAUUCUCGGCUUCGUUGCCUUCCUCCUCUUCCUCAUCCUCGCCGCCGGCGCUUUCCACCGUCGCCGCACCCAGUCCGACCUCCCCUCAUCUGGGUUCUCCCCCAGACACUUCAAGACCCUCCCCCAGUUCCGCUUCCGAACCCAGAACCAAACGGUGUCGUCCGACUGUGUGGUCUGCCUGGACGCCUUUCGGGAAGGCCAGUGGUGCCGGAAACUCCCUGCUUGCGGUCACCUGUUCCACAGGAGGUGUCUCGACACGUGGCUCGUUAAGGUCUCGGCUUGUCCCAUUUGCCGGACACCUGUUUUAGGUAACGCCUCCGCCGCCGGUUUAGAAGAAGAAGAGGCGAAGCGGUUGUGGAAUUUUAAUAGGAACACGAAUUCAAGGGUUUGGUAGGAAAUAGAUGGUGUUCAAUGCUUAAACCACGUCCUGCAAAGUGUGCAAGGGAGAUGCUGUGGAUGGCAUUAGGAAAUGGGAUCC